AUGACUCGGACUUUGGCAAGUGAUACCAUCAAUCGCCUCGCGAAUACCGUCGAAGGACUGCAGCAGAAGUUGGUGUUAUUGGAGAUUUUGGUGGCUGAUCGGUGGCUUAGCAGUGACCAGGCGCUGCAACUCAUCGAGGUCUUCCCGAACGCAGUCAGAGCCCGCGCUAGAGCUGCCUGCCUAACGUUCUCGCGCAUUGUCGACCUCGAAAACUUCAUUCAGAUCUACGACAGCCUCUCAUCUGAAGACCAAGAGGAGUGCGUCAAGCGCCUUGGCUGGCUCAACAUACUGGAUCCUCUUCAACCAGACCGACAAUACCCUCCGCUGGACUUGAGUAUUCACGACGAGCGCGAGCUCGUACAAAUGCUGGCGCAACUCGCGCUGGAGGAAGGCGUACCUUCUGAUAGCAUGGGCGUACUUCCUCCGCCUGGGUGGGGGCGGCCCGAUGCCGUAGGCCCGGACAGUGUGAAGCAUCAUGGCACAGUGUGUUUGCAUGCCGCGCGGCUGGAGUUACGCGAACGCGUGUUAUGUGGUACUAGGCUUUUCCUCUAA